CAAAAAUGGAGAUGAUGCCCCAUCAGAAGCCAAGAAUAUAGUUGAAAAGGUAUACUUUAUAAGUGAUCUAAAGACGGGCCAAAGGGAAGAAUCUAUCUGAAGUCUAUGAGUUCUUUUAUCAUCAGAUUAAGGUUAAGAAUCUCCUUUCCAAGUUCUGUAAGGCUAAGAAUCUUUCUUAUCGCAUACAUAGAGAACAAGGUUUGCAUCAUCGUUCAAAGAUUUCAUCUUUUUGGCAUUGAGGUUACCCCUUUUGUGUUAAGAACAAUUGGGACACACCAUCAUCUUUCUACAAAAGGAAUGCACUUUCCCUGACCAUCUUCUCAUCAGGCAAAUGGGGUUCUCUUUUCUUAUUCACAGUCUCCUCAUCUCCUCUCUAUUAUUCUCCAACAAUUUUUUUAGUGUUCAUUCAUUUACAGGAACCUAUGGAGUAAACUAUGGCAGGAUUGCUGAUAAUUUACCUUCUCCCGAAGGCGUGGUGACACUACUUAAAGCUGCAAAGAUAAAGAACACCAGAAUCUACGACGCUAAUCAUGAAGUCCUUACAGCCUUAAAAGGUUCUGGUAUCGAAAUAAUCGUUGGACUUGGCAAUGAGUAUUUGAAGGAGAUUAGCAUAGGCGAGGAUCGCGCCAUGAAUUGGAUAAAAGAAAAUGUUCAGCCAUACCUCCCUGGAACUAAAAUCGUUGGAAUUGCUGUUGGGAAUGAAAUUUUGGGGGCUACUGAUGUGGAAUUAUGGGAAGCUCUGCUACCUGCAGCUAAGAAUGUUUACAGUGCCUUAUCUAGGCUGAAUUUGGAGAAGACCGUUGAGGUCUCGAGCCCAAAUUCAGAAGCUGUGUUUGCCAAUUCAUUUCCACCAUCUUCUUGCGUAUUCAGGGAAGAUGUUCUUGUCUACAUGAAGCCACUUCUACAGUUCUUCUCACAAAUUGGUUCUCCAUUUUACAUAAAUGCAUAUCCAUUUCUAGCCUACAAGAAUGAUCCUGAACAUAUUGACAUACGCUACGCUCUCUUCGAAAAAAAUCCAGGGAUUUACGAUGCAAAGACUAAUCUACAUUACAGUAACAUGUUUGAAGCUCAAGUUGAUGCAGCAUAUGCCGCAUUAGAGAAGGCUGGUUUUGGCAAGAUGGAUGUCAUUGUUUCUGAAACAGGUUGGGCUUCUCGCGGGGAUGAAAAUGAAGCUGGCGCCACGGUUAAAAAUGCGAGGACUUAUAAUCAUAAUCUGCGGAAACUGCUAGCCAAAAAGAAAGGAAGUCCUUACAGGCCUAAGAGAGUACUGAAGGCUUAUGUGUUUGCAUUGUUCAAUGAGAAUUUGAAGCCAGGGCCUACCUCUGAGAGAAACUUUGGAUUGUUUAAACCAGAUGGAAGCAUUUCAUAUGAUAUUGGCUUCACUGGACUCAAGGACUCUUCGGCAACCUCAUCGCGGCUUCUGUCUUUCAAGGGUGUUGGAGCUCAUCAUGGUUGGUUCAUAUCCUCGUACAUGCUGGUUUUAACAGCCUCUGCUGCAUCACUGCUCCUGAUUCUAACCUCAUGACUGGUUUAAAGGCUAAAAGGUUCGCUAAUUCGCAGGUUGACCAAGCGUGAUUAUUUACUGUAACACAUUCAUGUAUAUUCAGUUCCUUUGAUUCUUGAAUUAACAGUUGAUUGUGAUGAAGUUGCUGAUUGUUUUUUUCAAUUAUAUUCAGCAAUGUACUAUAAUAGUCUUGUAAAUUUCAAAAACAAAAUGAAGAAAAAGCAUU